CCUUGCUCUCUCUAUCUCCAUCUUCACCUCUCUCUUGCUCUCUUCUUGCUGAACUUCUUCCCCUCUGGAAGGGCCAUGGUUUGACAUUGCUCCUUCGCUGAGCAAUCUCCUUCCGCUCUCUUUCAAUCCACCUUGACAUCCUCGCCCCCAUCUCCUCCUCCCUGCUCCCCCCAUCGCUCGUUAUGUCGUCCUCAACCCUCCCCAUUGCGGUCGACCCGGUCGCGCUGGUGAUCACAGAAUGUAUCACCGUCACCUCCGCCAUGCGGAAGCACACCCGCUGGGCUCAUUCUUCCGUUUCGGCCAUUCUAGGAGGGGGCGCUGUCUCACGAGUCUACGACCGUGAUACCUCGACCCCUCCGAGUCCGCGGAAUGGCAACACGCCCACGCGGCCAUCCUCCCGCCUGUCCGCCGCCGACGAUGACCAUGUCUUAGCUAACCGAUGGGGCCUGAGAGGGAAGAAGGGCAAGAGCAUGCAAGAUAACCCUCUAAUUUCUGCCUUUACCAGAUUACGGAGCGAUCUCAAGGGCUGCAAAGAUAUCCGAACCUUCGAUGCCCCCGCCUUGCUGCAUCCGUUCCUCCAGGUCGUUCGUUCCUCGUCCACCUCAGCCGCAAUCACCUCCCUGGCCCUGGUGGCCCUCACCAAGUUCUUCGCCUACCAGAUCAUCAGUCGCGACUCACCCAGGCUGCCCAUGGCCAUGCAGCUCCUCUCCGCCGCCAUUACCCACUGCCGCUUCGAGGCCAGCGACUCCGCCGCCGAUGAGAUCGUCUUGCUGCGCAUCCUCAAAUUGAUGGAAGGCAUGCUGUCGCGACCGGAAGGGGACUUGCUGGGAGAUGAGAGUGUCUGUGAGAUGAUGGAGACCGGUCUGAGUAUGUGCUGUCAGGUCCGUCUAUCGGAGGUCUUGCGGAGAUCCGCUGAGAUGGCCAUGGUCAACAUGUGCCAGGUCAUCUUCUCCCGCUUGACUCACCUAGACGUCUCGCAAACGCUGGAAACAGACUUGGAGACCCGGGCACCCAAAAACCCGGAGCAGGCGAAUCUCAAAAUGGAUCCUUCCGUUGAUGGAGACACAGUGACUUCCCAGCACCCAUCCGCCAUAGGUUCGGACACAGCCAUUACAGAGCGGGAACGCAGCAGUCGAGACAGUACUCCCGAUCAGUCGCUGAGCGGAGCCGCCGUGACCGCUCCCCCCAAUCCUCAAGAUGAUGAUGGCGAAGAUAUCAAACCAUAUUCACUACCCUCAAUCCGCGAAUUGUUCCGAGUUUUGAUCGAUCUUUUGGACCCGCACAACCGCCAGCAUACCGAGCCGAUGAAGGUGAUGGCCCUCCGGAUCAUUGACGUGGCUCUGGAGGUUGCUGGCCCGUCCAUCGCAAAGCACCCGAGUCUAGCCAACCUAGCACAAGAUGACUUGUGCCGCUAUCUCUUCCAGCUGGUCCGCUCCGAGAAUAUUGCCAUUCUGACGGGAUCGCUCAGGGUGGCAGGCACUUUGCUACUGACUUGUCGCUCGGUGCUGAAGCUUCAGCAGGAGCUUUAUCUGUCGUACUUGGUCGCCUGUCUCCAUCCCAAGGUCGAAAUACCCAAGGAGCCAGGAAUCAACCCGGCUCUGUACGAUGGGGUACCCCAAAGGCCCAAGUUGGUGAAGCCCUCUCCUUCGCAAUCGAACAGCGGGCGGUCGACUCCGGUCCCUGUGAAAGACCGCCAGAAGCUCGGUCUCGAAGGAGGCUCUCGGAAGCCGGAAACCCGCGAGGCGAUGGUGGAGAGUAUCGGCGUGCUGGCACGGAUCCCAAGUUUUAUGGUGGAGUUGUUUAUCAACUACGACUGCGAUAUUGAUCGCGCGGACCUCUGCGAGGACAUGAUUGGGUUGCUUUCUCGGAGUGCGUUUCCCGAUUCAGCCACCUGGAGCACGACCAAUGUGCCACCUCUGUGCUUGGAUGCUCUUCUGAGCUAUGUCCAAUUUAUCUACGAUCGCUUAGACGAGGAGUUCCCGUCAGAGGGCUUUCCAUCGAAGGAUGAACUUCACCAUCAGCGUCGGACCAAGAAGAUCAUUAUCAAAGGAGCUCAGAAAUUCAACGAGGACCCCAAGGCUGGAGUCGCUUACCUCGCCUCUCAGGGAAUCAUCGAAAACCCCGACGAUCCGGUCCUCGUCGCUCGUUUCUUGAAAGGGACCACUCGAUUGUCAAAGAAGGUUCUGGGCGAAUUCAUCUCCAAACGUUCGAACGAAAAACUGCUUGAUGCUUUUGUCGAUCUCUUCGAUUUCUCCGGCCAGAGCGUGGUCGAUGCUCUCCGCGAUCUCCUGGGCGCGUUCCGCCUGCCCGGUGAAUCGCCGCUGAUUGAGCGCAUCGUUACUACCUUUACAGACAAGUACAUGCAGAAGGCUCGGCCCACCGAAAUUGCGGACAAGGAUGCCCUCUUCGUGCUGACUUAUGGUAUUAUUAUGCUGAACACUGAUUUAUACAAUACGAAUAUUAGAUCGCAGAAUCGCAUGUCCUGCACGGAUUUCUCUCGAAAUCUGCGGGGUGUCAACGCAGGCCAGGACUUUGCGCCAGAGUUCCUGCAAGGCGUCUAUGACUCUAUCAAGCAGAAUGAGAUUAUCCUGCCUGAGGAGCAUGAUAACCAGCAUGCAUUCGAUUAUGCAUGGCGGGAGCUACUGCUGAAGUCCUCUUCGGCCGGCGAGCUUGUGGUGGGCGAGACGAAUAUCUAUGAUGCGGAGAUGUUCGAAGCUACCUGGAAACCCGUGAUUGCGACUCUGUCGUACGUCUUCAUGUCUGCCUCGGACGAUGCCGUCUAUUCUCGCGUGGUGACGGGCUUCGACCAGUGUGCACAGAUUGCUGCCCGCUAUGGUCUGACGGCCGCCUUGGACCGCAUUGUCUUCUGUUUGGCUUCGAUCAGCACUCUAGCCACGGAGAAUCCCCCCAGCACCACCCUCAACACCGAGGUGCAGGCUGGAGAGAAGAGUGUGAUGGUCAGCGAAUUGGCCGUCAAAUUUGGACGCGACUUCCGAGCUCAAUUGGCCGCGGUGGUUCUCUUCCGAGUUCUCGCGGGCAAUGAGGCUACGGUUCAAGAGGGCUGGACCCAUGUAAUCCGCAUUCUCAACAACCUUUUCAUCAACGCUCUUAUUCCCCCCUUCGCUUCUACUCUCAACGCGGAGCUCGAGUUGUCGCCGAUCCCGCUGCAGAACCCCUCGCAAGUCGUGGAGCGCGACGGACGAGGCGCUGAGACAGGCCUGCUGUCUGCGUUCACCUCAUAUCUGUCCAGCUACGCAGCGGAUGAGCCUCCCGAGCCGUCGGAUGAGGAGCUGGACAACACGUUGUGCACGGUUGAUUGCAUCUCAGCGUGCUCCAUCGAUGAAAUUCUGGCCAACAUCAAGACCCUUCCCUUGGAGACGGUUACGAUGCUGGUGGAAGCCCUUUUGGAUCAACUCCCUGAAGAAAGCGCCCCGGCCGUUAUCGUUGUUAAGUCGGAGCGCCCGGCAGCUGGACCCAGGGCGGCCAACGGCAGAGCCAAUGCCAGCAAGCCCAAGUACGAUCCGGGCAUGCUCUACCUCUUGGAGUUGGCCACCGUCCUCACUCUCCGUGACCCCAAGACAUUGGAAAGCCUUGGGGAGAGGCUUUUGACCUCUCUACAAGCUUUUGUCCGAGAUGCCCGGAACAUCCACUCCUUGGCGCUGUCACGGAUCAUUUACUACCUCAUGAACCUGCUGCGCUUGAGCUAUGACCAGCCUUAUAUGCGUGUGCCGGUGAUUCUCCAUGGGAUUUCUGGCUUUGACCAGGACAUUUUGGAAAGCAUCGCCAUUCCUGUAGUCAAGAGCCUUUCACGAUGCAUGUCUGAUGCGGAGGCUCUGCGGAACGAGGUCUCCGCCUCGCCGGACUUCUGGUCUAUUUUGCAGAGGCUGCACCAGCACCAGGAAGCGGCUCCGUUGGUGUUCAACCUGCUCCAGACUAUUGUAGAGUCGAACCCACCGAUUGUCACGGCUGACAACUACGAGUCUGCCGUCAGCCUGGCGAACGACUUCAUCAGCGCUGGCAGUGUGGGCUACAUUGAAGAGCGACAGAGGGAUGCCCACGGCCGACGCAAGGCUGUCAAGCAUCCGAGAUCUAGUAUCGAGAACGAGGUGGUUGCGAGGGGAGUCAAGGCCAUCAACUUUGUCUUCCACCUGACCCACCGCAUCCCGGCGCUCAUCAAGCAGUCGCACCUGGAAGAGAACGAAGCCUGGUCAGCCUACUGGUCUCCGAUCUUCCAGUCUCUGACAGCCCAAUGCAUCAAUCCCUGCCGCGACAUCCGCCACCACGCCGUCUCGACCCUCCAACGCACCCUCCUGUCCCUCCAGAUCAGCGCCACCGACGAGAAGGAAUGGACCGCGAUCUUCGACCAGGUGCUCUUCCCUCUGAUCCUGCGCCUCCUGAAACCCGAAGUCUACCACUCGGAUCCCGUGGGGAUGGGCCAAACGCGCGUGCAGGUGGCCACACUGGUGUGCAAGAUCUUCCUGCGGUAUCUGGACCAGCUGCCCAACUGGGACGGGAUGCUCGACCUCUGGCUGCGGAUUCUGGAUAUAUUGGAUCGGAUGAUGAACAGCGGCCAGGGCGACAGUCUGCAAGAAGCCAUCCCCGAGAGUCUCAAGAAUAUUCUCCUCGUCAUGGCCGACGGCGGAUACCUCGUGCCGCCGUCCCAGGACGACACCAAACAGAAGAUCUGGAACGAGACCAAGAAGCGCCUCGACCGCUUCCUGCCCGACCUGUUCCAGGAGAUUUUCCCGCCGCAGGAUGAAACCAAGCCCGCCGCGUCGGCGCCUGUCUCGGCGGUGCUGUCGCCGUCGCCGUCGCCCCAGCCAGAGACAACAGUUGAGCCCGAGGCGGAACCCGAGGCGGAAGCCGCGAACGACGAGCCCGAGGUUGCUGAGCCUGCGACCACCAUCGAAGACCCCGAACCUGCACCUCCCAGCAAGGAGGCGCCCUUGCCCGUCGACAAGGGCAAGAAGGCCGAUUAGAACGGCAACGCCGAGCACGGCUUAUAACUCCGUCCAUGACUUGACGCUAGACAGCCUGCAGACGUGCUGUAGACCUUCUGUUUCUGUCGGGGAAUAACCAAUCCAACCCGCCAGUCGAUUUGUCUUCCACUGCGGCCUAGCGUCGAGUAGGUAUAUAGCUUCGGGCAUUCCAUCAGCGUGAGUGUAUUAUUUUCUGUGGGCGGUUGUGGCCCGUGUGGGGACGCGACGUGACGCGAUGGGAACCGGUAUUGGUAGUGGUAGUGGUUUUUGUCUAUGUGUGCAUACUCCUGUAAAUAUAAUCGAUCUUCGUC